UCUUAUUAUAUACUCCCAGAUAUCCUAUAGUGGUGACCCCGAAUGAACAUUAAUUGAGUGCACCUUGAACUUUUACGGCAGUGAAUUAUAAUAUUAUUUUGCAUACAGACUUAAGUAAUAAUUAUUUUAUGGGGAUCUGGUUGAGUUAAAUUCGUAAUCGUCUUGAGUGCGCGUGUGUUUGCGUGUGCUAUCGGGCAGACAACUCCCCGGCUCCAGGGUCAUCGGAAGCAAAUUUAAGAGGUGUAGCAGAAUGUCUCCGACACCACCAACCCCACAAACAACAACUAUUGAAUUAUCCGCUAUAUCAUUAGCUGCAAAGAUACCUGAUUUUUGGCAGGACCAGCCGCGACUAUGGUUUUUGCAGGUGGAAGCUAUUUUAGCACAACAAAAGGCAGGUGAUCAAUCAAACUACAAUAUGGUCAUCGCAAAAUUAGGAAAGCAAGCAAUUCAGCAAGUUGCGGAUAUCCUUGAGAAGCCGCCUAGUGAGAACAAAUUCGAUACUCUGAAGGCCAGAUUGCUUAGUGUUUACGAGGAGACAGAAGCGAAGAGGUUACAGCAAUUGAUGUCAGACAUGGAAUUGGGUGAGCAACGACCAUCUCAGCUAAUGAGGAGAAUGCGUGACCUUGCGCGUGAUAAAAUUCCGGACGACACUUUAAUCUAUUUUUGGCAAGGUCAUCUACCACCAUCGGUAAGGGCAGUCGUAGCGUCAGCAGAUUCAAAAAACUUAGAAAGCCUUGCAAGUAUUGCCGACAAGGUCAUGGAGACGUUUAAACCGAAUGAAGUCGCCUCAAUUCAGACAACAUCGCGCCAAAGUUCACCGAAUGAUUUUAUAACGGCGGAAUUAGCGAAGAUUAACAGCCGCAUCAGUGAAUUAGCCAGCUCUAGUGGACGAGGUAGGAGCCGAAGGAGGAACCGCAGCCAGGGACGUGCACGUAGUCGCUCACGCAACAACAGCCGCUCUGGGAGGACCCCUAACAGCCCUGAUUGGUUGUGUUUCUACCAUUACCGAUACAAGACCAAGGCCAAUAAGUGCGUGCAGCCAUGCAGCUGGAAAGGACAGUCGCCGACGGGAAACUAGACACCGUGCAGACGUUUUCGGCGGAACCCUGCACCUUGGUAAAUAAUUAUCGCCUUAGUGUAAUAGAUAGAAACUCUGGUUUUAAAUUUUUGGUCGAUACAGGCGCAAAUGUGAGUGUAAUUCCAAAAAACUUUAAAUUUGCGAAAGACUCUUUACAAUCCGUUAAAAAUUGCAAGUUAUACGCCGCGAAUAACACCGAGAUUAAGUCAUAUGGAUACGUCACAUUAACGUUAAAUUUGAAUUUGAGACGUACUUUUAAGUGGAAUUUUAUUGUAUGUGAUGUUAAACAACCUAUUAUUGGGGCAGAUUUUUUGCAUAAUUAUAGACUCAUUGUGGAUUUGUAUGGCAAAAAGUUAGUUGAUAAUUUGACAAGUAUUUAUGUAAUUGGUACGAUCAUAAACCAUACUGACUCAUCAAUUAAUUUAAUUAGUACGGAUAAUAAGGCAUAUCAUUUGUUGCACAAGUACCCAGAACUUUUAAAGCCGUUGUCGUUUAUCGAGGCACCUAAACACAAUAUUUAUCAUCAUAUAGAGACGACAGGGCCUCCGAUACACCAAAGAACUAGACCGCUGCCUCCUGAUAGGUACGAAAAAGCAAAAAAGGAAUUUCAAACAAUGGUGGAGAUGGGCAUUUGCAGGCCAUCUAAGAGUCCGUGGUCUAGUCCUUUGCAUAUUGUUCCUAAAAAAGAUGGAGAGAUUCGUCCGUGUGGCGAUUACAGAGCUCUGAACGCGGUCACGAAACCGGAUCGUUACCCUAUUGCGAGAGUACACGACUUCACCUAUCUACUAGCAGGUAAGUCCAUAUUUUCUUGUGUAGAUAUUCGUAGAGCUUAUCAUAACAUCAUGGUACAUCCUGAAGACGUGGAGAAGACGGCCAUUACGACUCCGUUUGGGUUGUACGAGUUUCCUAGAAUGAGUUUCGGCCUAAGAAACGCUUGCCAGACUUUCCAGCGUUUUAUGAAUAACACCGUUUUAAGAGAUUUUGAUUUUGUGUAUUGUUAUUUAGAUGACAUACUUGUUGCUUCUCUCUCAGAGGA